GGCAGCGCAUGCGCUCUGUGCUCCAGGGCUGGCCGCCGGGAAGCCGGAGCCGAGCACCUCACCAGCCCGGCAGUAGGAACCGGGGUCCGCGGGGGCGGAGUGGGGCGCGGCCGCCGGGAACCUGACUACAAGUCCCAGGGUGCGGACAGGCGGACAGAGGAGGAACGCUGGGCCUGCCCGGUGCGCACGGGGGCGGGGACCGGCCAGGCGGGAUCAUUUCCCGGCACAGACUCCGGUGCCCUUGCCCUGCUCCCGCCGGGAAGUUCCGAGCCGACGCACUGAAAGCCCUGCCUUCCACACCGGGUCCCUGGAGCGCCCCGGGCCGGUCUCUGCCGCUGACUUGUUGACACUGCCAGCACUCAGUCGCUCCUUCCCGCGCGCCUCCUCCCUCCCCGCCCGCCCCGCCGCUCCUCCUCCCUGUAGCAUGUCAUAGUGAGCCUGCGACCACGCGGCCAGGGGCGCUAGCGUUCGCCUUCAGCCACCAUGGGGAAUGGGAUGAACAAGAUCCUGCCCGGCCUGUACAUUGGCAACUUCAAAGAUGCCAGAGAUGCGGAGCAAUUGAGCAAGAACAAGGUGACACAUAUUCUAUCUGUCCACGAUAGUGCCAGGCCCAUGUUGGAGGGAGUUAAAUACCUGUGCAUCCCAGCAGCGGAUUCACCAUCUCAAAACCUGACAAGACAUUUCAAAGAAAGUAUUAAAUUCAUUCACGAGUGCCGACUCCGUGGUGAGAGCUGCCUUGUACACUGCCUGGCGGGGGUCUCCAGGAGCGUGACGCUGGUGAUUGCGUACAUCAUGACUGUCACUGACUUUGGCUGGGAGGAUGCCCUGCACACAGUGCGUGCUGGGAGAUCCUGUGCCAACCCCAACGUGGGCUUCCAGAGACAGCUCCAGGAGUUUGAGAAGCAUGAGGUCCAUCAGUAUCGGCAGUGGCUGAAGGAAGAAUAUGGAGAGAGCCCUUUGCGGGAUGCAGAAGAAGCCAAAAACAUUCUGGGUAAAUAUAAGGAGCAAGGGCGCAUGGAGCCCCAGCACGGUGCCAGGCGGUGGAGCAGUUUUCCGGCACUGGCUCCGCUGGCCUACGAUAAUUAUACGACGGAGACCUAACACAAGGGACCUGCUGCCUUCCUUCCCACCGCUUGUCUUCAAUGCGCCCGGCUGGGUGGUGGUGUGGUGGUGCUGGCCGCCGAGGAAAGGAAAGGGAGAUAGCCAGGGCAAGGUGGGGCGCUCAGGGCUCCUUCCCAAGCAACACUGCCCAGCCCUGCUCCAGGCCCCUUCACUCCGCCCACCUCUGCCCCGGCUGUACCUGAGCUUGCUGCCCUUGGGGAUGUUGCCCAGCGGCUGUGCACUGCUCUGUGCACAUGAGUGUGAGUGCACACGUGUGUGCAUGGGUGAGUAAAUGUAUGGAUGCAUGUGUGUGCCUGUGUGAGGGUAUGUGCACUUAAGUGUGUACAUGUAUGUGCGUGUGUGUGCACAUGGAUGUGUGUGUGUGAACUCUUCCAUAUUGCUGGAAGUCACAGAAUUCAUAUUGCUGCCCAGGUUAGUGUGGCCACCUUUCCCUUUGUCCAAGACUCCACAUGGAAGGCAUUUGAGCUUGACCUCUGAAAAGCUACCUAGCAGUCUGUGCCUGUGAGCAAACAAUGAGAACUCAGGGGACAAGUGGCUAAAAGCAUGGCCUCUCCCAGAACCCACCCAGGGUGGUGUGACAGGGGCAGCGGGGGUCAGAGUCCUCUAGAGAGAGGGUGGCUCUGGGGCCCUCGAAAGGGUGAAGGACUGCCCUGAGCUGCGCCAGUGGGCCAGGCCUUUAUACCGACUCAGCUUUAAGGGAAGUACUAGAUUGCCUCAAUCUCAGUGUGAAUGUACCAGGCCUAGGGUUCCCUAACACCUUGAGUCAAGGCCGCUUUUCAGCCCAUAGAGCCCUGAGUUCUACCUGCUGUUUGUUCUCUGGGACUGACUUCACUUCAGCUCUGUGGUCCUCAGACUUACGUUAGCCUAAGUUGGGUGCACCAGGGCGCCCCACCUCUCUGCUCCUGGCCAGUGUCACUGACUCCCAGCCUCUUGCUAUGCUCACUUUGCAGGGGCCCCUUCUCAAGGUUUGCAUGCACCUGCGGGAAUUGGGAAGAAAGAGCGUUUACUAGGCACUGUAGCAAUUUGCAUUUUAAAAUGCCUGAGCAUUUAUUAAGCUUCUUGAUAUUCACUUGGGUUUGAUAAUUGAUCUGAGCUACCUCAUUGAAUGUUUUUUGGAAAGGUGUUUUUUUUGGUAUGCAAGUCAACUUUGCCUCACAGUCUAAAGUGUUCGGUCAUCAUUGCUUUUGAAACCAAAGGAAAGGCACCAGUAUCAUUGAGCUAUUUAAAGUUUCCACUUUGGGCUCCAAUAAUGCUUUCUGGUGGGUAAAAUUCCACAUUCAGGCCCCGAGAGUAUCUGCAGUUUGCACUUCGGGGCUGCAGGCAUCCUGGGAUGCUGUACACAGCUCAGUGCUCUAGCCCUUUAUACCGACUCAAAUUUCUUAAGGAUGCAGAGCCACUCAAAUGAAAAAACAUACUCAACGUCUCCCUAAAAAGAUGUUACAACCCAUUUUCUCCAAAUUCCACCACAAAAGAGCCCCUGAAUAAGAAGAGCCGUUUUCCUAUGCAUACAGAGGGUGUGACAAAGGAGAGCUUUUUGGGGAUCAGGGAAAACAAAGUUGCUGGAUUCCAUGCACGUGCAUGGUGCCGGAUAUACACCCAGAAAGGGGAUGUGGCUGUAGAAUCAUCCAUCUAUCUACAGCUGAAACCAUUUGCUGAUAAAGUACACAUAUUUCUGUAAACCAAAAAUAAAUAUGUUAAUGGAAAAAUUAUUUAGGAUAUUAGCUUGAAUGCUUAAAUAUGUGCACCUUUACAAACCUCUAAAUGUAUUCUUGUAGUUCUUGAAGUGUUGUUUUAAUAUUUGUUGCCAGUAAUGUUCUUUCUUCACAGCCGCUCCAGGAAUUCUGAAGUACUGGGCAUUUCUCAGAAGACUGUAAUGUACCUGAAGUUUCUGAAAUAUUGCACACCCACAGAGUUUAGGCUGGUGCCGUCAAAAAGAAAAGCCACAUAGAGUUUAUUUUUAAGUAUCCAGUAGUGAUUUGUAAACUUGUUUUUCGCUUUAAGCUGAAUAUAUGUCAUUUAUGUUGAGAACAAAGAAUAUUCUUUAGCAAGAGAAAAUAUUGUCCCCUUACCUCCACUGCCGUGGCGGUUUCUGUACCUCACUUUGAUGCCUGCAAGGAUCCCAGGAGCCUUGAUGCACUGCCUUGUGAUGGCUUGGCACUCGUGAUUGCUUCCCAUGAACACUACCCAAAGACAAGGCCAGUGUGGCCUUGGUGUGGGUUUUAUCUAUGGUUUGUGUUUGUGAUCUCUGUAGUGGAAUUGACCGAAAGCUCUAUGUUUUCAUUAAUAAAGGGCAACUUAGCCAAGUUUAA